AUGGAGAUAGAACGAAAUGCAAGGGCUGAGUGUGAUCCUCACUCACUGUCAUGGAUGGACGAGCAGGGUAACUUCUUCGUGACAUCUUCCGAGGACGGGUUCACCAAACUAUGGAGUAUCUCAGAUGCCAGCAGCAUCACGCUCCGAGGACACAUCAGGAGAGUCGUGUCGUGCGCGUUCUCUCCGAAAGGAGAUAUGGUUGCCACCGGCUCCAUGGACUCGACGAUCAAAUUGUGGAACACAGGGGACGGGAGUUGCCUCGUGACGCUGGAGGGGCACGAAGAGUUGGUAUCGUGCGUGCACUUCGAUAGCAAGGGGCGGUUUCUGCUCAGUGGUUCAUAUGACGGCACGAUGAAGCGAUGGCGAGUGAUGGACGGAAGAUGUGCGUUCACUUAUCAGGACUUCUCCAACAACGUUGUCUGCAUCGCGCUGAAACAAGACGACUCAACCCAGAAUGAGUUUGUGGCUUGUGGCUCAGGGAAAGGGACGAUCUUCGUGCUGACGACAGGGCAGAAGAGUGGCAGGAACAAGCUAAAAGGGCAUAAGGGAGCCAUCAAGCAGCUGGCGUUUCAUCCCGUGCGGGCCCAGAUGUUGUGCUCGUUUGCCGACGACAGCAGCUUCCGGCUGUGGGACUGUAACAGCUCUUCUUGCGUCCAGCUAGUCGAUGGUGACCUCGGGAGGAUCUUGGGGUUUCGGCUGCUCCCUCGGACAGGUCACCUGCUCUUUGCCUCGGUUGACACGUCUAAGGAGAAGAAGAAGUCAAGCACAUCUCGCUUUGCUCUAGGGACUCUGAGGUACCUCGCCUCCAGCUUGUCCGGGGUUGGUAGCGAAGAUCACCAGAAAAACGGGUCGUGUUUGUCUCUGGUGCUGGUGGGAUUUGCCAACAACAAUCUUUAUGCUGAUACUUUGGCUAUCAAGAGGCUUCCUGGUGGGCACGUGGACAAAGUGCAUGGAGUUUUCUUUGCGAACGAGAGCGAUUAUUUCUCUACGGUAAGAAGUAGUGCAAGGUGGAGCUAG